AUGUUGUCAUUGUUUUCUGCACCCUUCCUAGUCUGCGCCAUUGGCCUGCUCAGCCUGGCGCGGGCGGCAUGUCCCUACGCCCAGCGGGCAGGCAUUAGCGGCAUAGCACAGAAAAGGCAACCCCCCCAGGGAAAAGACGGCGUAAUGCUUAUGAAUCACAUUGCACCAGGGACAUCCAGGCUCUACAUUUCAGACAUUGACGGGAGCAACGAAGCACCGCUCCUCUCGGACCCCGUAUUCGAGUACCAUGCCAGCUUCUCCCCAGACGGGGAAUGGGUUCUCUUCACAAGUGAGCGCAAUGGCGAUGGGAACUCGGACAUCUAUCGCAUCCGAACAAACGGAUCCGAUCUUCAACCCCUCGUGGCGACUCCUGCGGUUGAGGAUUCCGUUGUGCUGUCGCCGAACGGUAGUCUAGCCGCCUAUGUCUCGACAGAGGGUAUGGUUGCAAACAUCUGGGUGCUUGAUUCGGUUUCGGGCUCUCGCUGGAAUCUGACAGACACGCCGGCUGUCGGCGCGACGACAAAUUCAAGCCUGCCGCAUGGCUAUUUCCGGCCUGCUUGGUCGCCUGAUGGCCAGUGGAUUGCGUUUUCGUCGGAUCGCAAUACCCAGUGGCUGGGCCAUGGCUGGGAUACUUUCUUUGGGCUCAGCGGGUGGGAACAUACCCAGGAGCUCUCGAUUUUUGCUAUUCGGCCUGAUGGGUCUGGGUUUCGUCAGGUAGCUGCCAAGGCAGGGUAUGCUCUUGGUUCGCCCAGCUGGUCUACAGAUGGCAAGCGUGUUGUUUUCUAUGAAAUGACUCGCGAAACCACCUGGGACGCACACAGUUCGUUUGACCUGGCGACUGCAAACUCGACUAUUGUCUCGGUUGAUUUCGAGACUGGGGCCCAUCGGGUUGUCGAGGUCGAUGGCCCUGGCGUCAAGGUCUUCCCGCAGUAUCUAUCUGAUACUGAAAUUGGGUAUCUGCUCAAAGGGGGCACCAGUGAAGGGAUAUACACUACUGGCGGCGUCUAUUACAACACCUCCGAGGCGAUGGCCCGCUCCCCGGCGUGGUCGCCUGAUGGCAAGAAAGUCGUCUACGAGAAAACGGCCUGGGAUGUUCGUCCGCAAGGAAAGCUGCUCUAUAGCUGGGACAGUCGAUGGGAGUACCGUUUCACAGACGUGUUUCCCACCAGUUCGCGCCAGGGCAAUAUUGCAAUCACCCAAAAGCAACUCGGCGACUCCUCUGUCGUCAGUAUGAACGCAACCGGACAACACCCAGAGAAUCUCUUCGAUCCCGUCGCGAGAGGUAUCCUGAGCCAGUCCGUGGUGGACCAGGGGACAGGAGGUGCGUUCCAGCCGUCAUGGUCCUCAGACGGGGACUGGAUAACAUUCGGCGUAGGAUACUGGUUCCAAGGCCGGGGCUCCAACGGCGGCUGGAUCGUAAGAUCCAAAGCCGAUGGAACAGACGCACAGAAUCUGACAGAAAGCGCACCCACCCUGACCAACACAACCCUCAACACGGGCUUCCCCAGCUUCUCGCCCGACGGCACAAAAAUCGUCUUCAGAGUCUGGGGUCUGGGCUCCGAAACCGGUAACAAAUCCCAGCUCGGCCUACGCAUUCUCGACCUUUCCAACGGCUCUCACCCCGUCACCACACUCACAAGUGCAUGGGACACGCUUCCAUCCUUCUCGCCCGACGGGUCGAAGAUUGUCUUCACGCGCAGAACCACCCCUACAAACUACGACAUCUGCACUAUCCGUCCAGACGGGACAGACCUCCGGGUCCUCACCAGCAGUAACGCGAACGAUGCGCACGCCGUGUGGUCGCAGGAUGGCCGGAUCAUUUACUCCACGGGCGAAUACGGCUUCCAGUACGAGUGCGCGCUGUACGACAAUACGUUCCAGCCGUACGGGCAGAUCAAUAUCAUGGACGCAAACGGGCGCAACAAACGGGCCUUGACGAAUUCUCUGUGGGAGGACUCUAUGCCGCUGUAUGUUGGGGGCGAGGAUCUUUGA